AUGUUUAUAGCCCGCUCAGAAUAUGAAGGACGUCUAUUCCAGGUUGAAUAUUCUCUAGAAGCCAUCAAACUCGGCUCGACGGCCAUCGGCGUUGCAACCUCUUAUGGCGUCCUCCUCGGUGUAGAGAAGCGUGUCACUUCUCCUUUACUCGUUUCCUCCAGUAUCGAGAAGAUCGUCGAGAUCGACAGACACAUUGGCUGUGCCAUGUCGGGCCUGCAAGCAGACGCGCGGAGCAUGAUUGAACACGCACGGGUCGAGUCGCAGAACCACGCUUUCAAUUUCAACGAGAAACUCGGCGUCGAGAGCUGCACCCAAGCGAUUUGCGACUUGGCUUUGAGAUUCGGUGAAGGUGCACAAGGUGAAGAGUCGAUAAUGAGUAGACCCUUCGGUGUCGCUCUCUUAAUCGCUGGCUGGGAUGAGGACAACGGACCACAAUUGUACCACGCCGAGCCGUCAGGCACCUUCUACCGCUACGACGCGAAAGCAAUUGGCUCGGGCAGUGAAGGAGCUCAAGCAGAACUACAGUCCGAAUUCCACAAGUCCCUGACGUUAGAGGAGGCCGAGACUCUUGUUUUGAAAACACUGAAACAGGUGAUGGAGGAGAAGCUGGAUUCGAAGAACGUGCAAUUGGCGAGUGUCACUCAAGAAAAUGGAUUCCGGAUUUAUACCGACGAGGAAAUGAGCACCGUCGUUGCAAGACUCGAGGGUGACUAG